UAGAGUGACGUCGGCGUCUACUGACAACAUGGCUGCAGAUCUCAGUCUUGAAGAAGAAGAGGAGAAUAUUUUAUACGAUUUGCUCAUUAACACCGAGUGGCCGGUGGAAACGGACACGCAGUUGCGUGGAUUCAAAGAAUACAGCUCCUCUCUUGUAGCCAAAGCUGUGACAGGACCGUUCCGCUUCAUUUUGCACUACCUUUGGUACAGCCCCUCAAGCUCCUCCCUACCCCCUGGACUGGUGCGCCUAGCAGCAAAGCAGAUCAACUGGCAACUGGUGCUAGCAAGUAAUGGGAAGCUCCUGGCCGUGGUUCAGGAUCAGUGUGUGGAAAUAAGGUCAGCUAGGGAUGACUUUGGAUCUGUCAUCGGGAAAUGCCAAGUGCCCAAAGACCCGUCUCCUCAGUGGCGUAAAGUAGCCUGGAGUCAUGACUGCACUCUGCUGGCGUACACAGACAGCACCGGCACUGUCCGAGUCUUCGACCUGGUGGGAAGCGAGCUUUUCAUUAUCCCUCCGGCGGUGAGUUUCCCUGGUGAUUUCAGCUAUGCUGCUGCUGGAUUGAUCUUUCUGGAGUACACCGCUAGUGCCCAGUGGUCAGCGGAGCUGCUUGUCAUCACCUAUGGAGGCCAACUCAAGAGCUACCUUGUCAGUAUGGGAACCAAUCAAGGCUUCCAGGAGAGCCACACUUUCAGCUUUUCCACUCAUUACUUUAAUGGUGUGACUGCUGCAAUCUACCAUCCAGGCCAUAGGUUGCUUCUGGUGGGCGGCUGUGAAUCAAGCGACAGCAAAGCGUCCAGGGCCACCCGCUGCGGCAUCACUGCCUGGAGGGUGCUGUCAGGAUCUCCACACUAUAAACAAGUGACCAGUUAUGAAGACGACGUCAGCGCAUCCCAGAGGAGAGGCCUUUUCAGAAUGCCCAGUUUUAGACUUUUUUCCAGGCAAAACAAUGAGCAGGACGGCGUGUUCAGGAUGAGUAUUUCUCCUGACGGUUCGAUGCUGGCUGUAAUCCACUUCUCAGGCAUGCUCAGUCUGUGGGACAUUCCAUCGCUCAAACAGAGGAGCAGCUGGACGCAGGAGGAGCAGCCUGGAUAUGAGGAGAUCAACCCCGAGUGGAAGACUUCACUGGAAAAAAGAAAGAAAAUUAAAGAUAAGGAGCAGUAUCAGUGUCUGAUGGAUGUGGGUUGGUGGAGUGAUCAGGCUCUGAUUCUGGCUCGCUGUUCCGGCUCUCUCACCGUCUCCUCUGUGCGCUCUCUGUCAAACCUGCUGGGGAAAUCCUGCGAGUGGUUCGAACCUUCACCCCGAGUCACCUCAGCCCACGACGGAGGCUUCCUCAGCCUUGAGUGUGAGAUCAAACUUGCUCAGAAGCGCUCCCGUGUGGAGAGCAGUGGAGCUGCUGAGGAUGAUGAUGGCGAGGAAGACUCUGACUCUGAUGAAGAGUGCUCAGCAAAGGCUCGUUAUUUUGGCUACGUGAAGCAGGGCCUGUACUACGUGACUGAGAUGGAGCGCUUUGCUCCACCGAGGAAGCGUCCGCGCACGGUCACCAAAAACUACCGGCUGGUCAGCCUGAGGUCUACCACACCUGAGGAGCUCUACCACAGGAAGAUUGAUAAUGAAGAAUAUGGAGAAGCUCUCUCUCUGGCUCAUAUCUACGGAUUGGACUCUGAUUUGGUCUAUCAGAGACAGUGGAGGAAGUCUUCUGUCAGCAUUGCAUCUAUACAGGACUACUUGAGUAAGAUAAAAAAGCGUUCCUGGGUUUUGCACGAAUGCGUUGAGAGGGUCCCUGAGAACGUGGACGCUGCCAAGGAGCUGCUGGAGUAUGGCCUGAAGGGAACAGACCUAGAGGCUCUCAUCGCCAUCGGCAACGGAGAGGAUGGAGGCAGGUUCAUCUUACCGGGUGAUGUGGACAUUGAUGACUCUUCUUAUGAAGAUUUCCAGUCGAUGGAGGAGGAGAUGGAGCGGAAGAAAGAGAGAGAGGCAGAGAAGAGACAGGAGCUGCUUAAGAAAGUGGACUUUAGCAAAUUGACUCUGGAGCAGAAGGAGCUGUGUAGAAGCAGGCUGAAGCUGCUCUGCUAUCUGGACCGCCUGGCCACAUAUGAGGAGAUUCUGGGUGGACCCCAUGCUGCAGAGCAGAGAUAUGACUCUGAGUUUUUUAAGAAGUUCCGCAAUCAGAAUAUUGUUGUGUCAGCAAGAACCUACGCCAGGGAGAGUAACGUGCAGGCUCUGGACAUUCUCUUCACCUAUCACGGCUCUGAGCUGCUCCAGCAUCGACUCGCCAUCCUGUGCAAUUUUCCAGAAACCACCUCUCCUCACGAGUACGCUGCUCUUCUCCCUGAAGCCUGUAAGGAUGAGAGGUCAAAUCUGGUGUUUAUUCCAUGGAAUGAACAGAGGCACAGAGAUUUGGACUGGUGUGAAGAUCCACUGUGCAGGGCGGUGGUGGAGUCGUCCAUGGUGGAUGAUCAUCACUUCCUGUACCAGAAGCAGCCAGAGCUGGAGCGAUUCUGCACAAGGAACCCUUCCAUCUCUCUCCUCACUGACUGGUACCUGAGCAGAGCACAGGAAAUAGAGCACAACUCCCGCCAGGUGGACUGCGCUCUGUCUCUGGUGCGUCUGGGGAAGGAGCGGGAGAUCCCUGGGCUGGAGCUGCUGUGUGACGACCUGGUUACCAUGGAGACGCUGGUGUACGAGGCAUGUGAGCUGAGCCUCAGUCUGAAGGAGCUGCAGCAGCUGAGAGACAUCGACAAGCUCCGCCUCCUCAUGAAGAAUUCGAGUGAGGAUUGUUAUGUGAAGAAUGUGCUGCAGUGGAUGGUUCCGUUCCUGCACCGCUGUGAGGGUCAGAGAGAAGGAGCGACUGUGGUGCUGCUCAGAGAGUACCUGGUGUCUCUCGCCCGUGAAGAUCUUACGAUGCCACUCAAAAUCUUCCAGCACUCCAAACCAGGCUGUCAGCAGAAGAUCAUUGCUGAUCCGGAUGAGCUGAUGUCAGUGGCGCUGGAGUGUAUCUACAGCUGUGAACGAGAUGACCAGCUCGCUCUGAGCUACGACAUACUGGAGUGUCUGCCUCAGAGAGGAUACGGACCCCAGACGAAGGCCACAAAAGCCCUACAUGACCAAGUGGACUCUCUGGAGAAACAUCUGAGUGUUGUGGAGGUGUUGGAGAAGCAUGGCCUGCAGAAGCCCGUUGCAUUUGUCAGGAGCAGUCAGAGCAGUAAGGAGGAGGCUCACCAGCUGAUGGUCAAACUCACUCGCCACAUUGGACGCAAAAUCCCUCCGGUCAGCGAGAGUGUGUGGGAAGACUUGCUGCAGGAUCUACUAGACAUGCAGAAGAACGUCUACACUUGUCUGGAACCUGCAACCUGCCAUGAGGUUUAUGUGGAGAGUCUGCUGUGUUCUGGUCGUGAGGAGAAUGUGAAGUUGGCAGGUCAGCUGACGCAGCGGAGCGCCGCGUCUCAGGACGUCCCGGUCAGCGCUGUGUUCAGGGGUAAAGCCACGCCUCGUGUGGCGUACACCCGCAGUGUGGAAUUGGUGCUGGCCUCCGCCCGUGAAUACUUCAACUCCUCAGCCACGCUCACGGACCCCUGCAUCAACCUGGCACGGUCAUGUCUACAGUUGAUCACUGAUUGCCCUCCUCCAAUCCAAGAAGAACUGGACCUCAUCAGCGCCCUCUCUCGACUGGAGCACUUUGGUGUGAAAGUUCUGCCUUUACAAGUGCGUUUGCGUGAUGACCGCCUCUCGCUGAUAAAGGAGUGCAUCUUGCAGUGUCCCACCGCCUACAAACAGUCCACUCUGCUGCUUGAGCUGGCCAGACUACUGCGGGUGGCAGGUGAUGAUGAGGCCCGGCGGAAGGGCCAAGUUCUAACCUUGUUGGCUGAGCAGGCUCUGCACUGUCACGACUACAAAGCCUCCUACAUCCACUGCCAGGACCUGAUGGCUGCAGGCUACAGCAAAGGUUGGGAUGUGUGUUCUCAGUUGGGUCAGUGCGAGACUUACACCCGACUGUCGUCUCGUCAGGAGUUGAUGGCGUUCGCCUUGACACACUGCCCUCCCGCCAACAUCCAGAACCUGCUAGCAGCCUCCAGCUCCCUGCAGACACAGAUUCUUUACCAGGCGGUAGAUUACAAGAUUGACCCUUCUCAAGCCAAAGGAGUGGGGGACGAUACGGAUCAGCAGGCUACUAUGGGAGUAAGUGGAGGGUCUCUGGGAGGUGCUCAGCCUACAGCGCUACUCCAGAGGACCACUGCCCGCACCAUGGAGGUCCUGACCAACACCACUCUCACCACCAAGGCUGUUCUCACUGCCGUCAGUGACUCGCACUGGUGGAAGGAGUCUCUUAACUAUCUCCGCCCGCUGCAUGGUCAGGGGUCGGGUUCUAACCGUGGCGGUGAAGCUGGGGAAAACGUUGAAAUGGAGAGGCAAGGAUGCAGCCCUUUCUACGAGGAGCUGCUAGAGGAUCCAUACAUCAAUCCAAUUGAGGAUGUGUACUCCUUAUACGAUUACAUCCCUCAAGAAGGCUUUGCAGAAGUCCUGCUACGCACUGGCAAGCUUGCUGAGACCAAGAGUGAGGGUCAGCAGGUCUUCCCUGCCACAGAAGUUCUGCUCCAGCUGGCUAGCGCCGCUUUUCCCCGCGACAUGAUGCUUGCUCUGGCCUAUUUGCUCGCUCUUCCUCAGGUGUUGGAUGCGAACUCGUGUUUUGAGAAGCAGCCCCCAUCGGCCCUGUCGCUCCAGCUUGCUGCCUAUUACUACUCUCUCCAGAUCUACUCCCGCUUAGCACCCUGCUUUAAGGACAAAUGUAGCGCUCUCUACAGGGCUGAUCCGAGGGAGCUGAUUCGUCUAGUUACCAAACAUGUGGCUGACCACGAGGGUCAUGGUUGGGCUGAUGAGGAGCUGGAGGCUCUGAUUGGUCAGCUGCGGCUUUACAGUGAGAGGCUGACUGACUUCACUCAGGCCCAGGUGCUUAAGGGCCUCGGCCGUGGAGUGGACGUCCAACGCUUCAGCAAUGACAACCAGUACAAGAAAGAGACCAUUCUCGGCCUUGCAGAAACAUUAGAGGAGAGCGUGUAUGGGAUCUCUCGCUCUCUGGCUCAGCGCUACAGUAUUCCUCUCUGGGAGGUUCAUAUGACACACCUGGAGUUCCUCUUCACUGACAGUGGCCUCUCCACUAAGGAUAUAGAGAGUCGGACUGAUUCUCUGGGUCUGUUCCACACUCUGAAGGUGAACCCUGAGGCCUUCUACAACCACAUGAGCAAGUACGUGUACCCGAGCAUUGCGGGCACAGACCUGCAGCGGCUGCUGUACUACUACACCCUGCUGGAGAACUGCUCCUGCAACGACUACCUCCCUCCAUCCGCCAUGAUGCCUGACACUCACGUCAAACUACUCAAGAAGCUGAAGGCCGUGGCCAACGGGCUGAACUAUAAGAAGCUUACAGAAGAGGACUCAGACCCUCUGAAGGAGCUGGAGCCGGUGCUCACCAGCCAGAACGUCCUUUCCAUCUCCAAACUGGCUGCUCGGAUUCCUCUGAAAGGCGGUCAGGCCCUUACCCCGAGUGCUGUCCACUUCACUUGGCUACACAAGCUUUUCUGGGAGGGGGAUGCCCACAUCUUCAAGAGAUCCCCCCAAACAGACCAGGAAUUCCUCCAUGCUUAUGACACCUGUGCCAAAUACUUUGACAGGCUGCUGCCUUUAGAUGCUGUAAACUUCCUGGAUGCUAUUACUUUCUCCCCUGAAGCUGCCAGCCAUUUGUCUGUUGAGACCAGGACAGAGAUCACUAGACGAGCUCUGAAGGCUCUUAAGGGCGUCAGCGAGAAGAGCAAGAAAAGGGGUCGGGAUGAUGGAACACUGCAAAGUGAAAGCUCUGCCUCCAACUUUAGCCACGCCAUCACUCACCUGCAACAGUCCCUCGAUCAUCUAGAGACGCUGGACCACGCCUUCCCCCUGUCACUCAGAAACAGCCAGGAGAAGCGUCUGCAGGGGUACAGUAGAGUGUAUGACCUCUCCAGGUCAGAGCGGGUGAAAGUGCGGCAGCUGGCCAUCACCAUGGCGCUGGACGGUCAGCCGCUGGAGCGAAUUGAACAGCUGCUGACGACUGCCGUGGACCUGAGUGACCUACAGCCACGCAGCAUAGUUCAGGAGGCAGUGGAGAGAAUCAUCUCAGCGCUCAGUGGUGAUGAAGACAUCUUGAAGGAUUAUGCGGAGCCUUUGAAAGUGCUGGAAGACAUAGUGAGAGCGGUGCAGGCGGACGUGCAGAAGGGGGGAAACGCGGUGUCGUCUGAGGACUUGUUGGCAUGGUUACGGCCGUUCUGUGGGGACGACUCGAAGCCUGUGCGACUCAGGAUCGAGGUUUUGCAGAUUCUGGAGCGUUCUUUCAGCCUCAGCGAAGAGGACAUCCGCCUGCUGGUGUUGUUCAGGAGCCAGGCAGUGCUGAAAGCCUGCUGGCCAAGCAGAGAGUGCGAGAUGAAGGAUAUUGAGAAUGAGGAUAAGCGCUACUCCCUCUUCCAGGAGCUGUUGGAGUCUAGUAGAAAGUGGCAGGAGUUUCAGUACCUCAUGCUUCUCCUACAGGCGUGGCCACCAGUAACUGACAAGAGCAGGCUGGAGUCUGAGCACAACCCCUGGGUGUGUCUGACAUCAGCCCUGCUCACACACUGCUCUGGUGUCCUCAUUGGAGACAAGGUUCUCGAUAUGUGCCGCUCACUCUACACUUCCAAACACAAACUCCACCCGCAGUGUAUUGGCCACAUCUCCUCUCUGCUGUUGAAAGGUGGGCUGAAGCUGGUCGCUCUGAAGCUGAUGGCCGAGAGCAGAGAUGAGCAGCUGCUCAAACUGACCCUGGAUCAGAUCAAAGGCAUCCCUGAAGUGAGUGAUGAUGUGUGUGACUCAGAACUCUUGUCUCUGUUGCUGGACGCUGGUCUGUUGGUCAGCUGUGUGGACUCUGCUCUGUACCCAGCGCUGGUCUCUCACAUGCUAGCUGAGGGCCGCUGGUCAGUUGAGGAGGCCGCUGCUGCACUACACCAGGCUGGACACAGCGCUCAGGCCGGCGCCCUGCUGCUCGCCCACCGUGGAACACACCCUGCUCUGAGCACCUUCAACACCGCCCUCAACGUCAUCCGACAGUGGCUGUAACACAUACACACGGAAGGGAGGGUGUGUGUAAUGUGUGUUUGUGUCUGCAUGUCUCACUUUGGAGAGGAACAUAGAUUUAAACAUCCUCCAGAUGUUACGCCCACCAAAAUUUCAGCAAAUUCUCAACCGCUUGGAGUCAGUUUGCAAAUCAUACCACCUUCAGUGCUGGUUGUAAUAUGACCUCGUCCAUUUUGGGGAAAGUGAGAAGGGGAAUCCCCAACACCAUCUUAAGGACCAUUUCAUUUCUGUAUUAGUUGAAGUGAAGGAUAAGAUAGAGUGGCGAGGGAUUGAGUGUCAUCACAGAGUGCAAAGCUGUUUAUGAACCAUAACAGUAAACUACUUUAAAAUGCUUAACAUUUCAAAAUCAUAGCAUUUGAUUUGAUGAGCUUCAGGCUGCAAACUACUCCAUCUCUUAUACAUGAUGCCUGAUACGGCGUCAUCACUUUAUUCUGCUAGCUUGCUAGUUAGCAUGCAAAAGGCUACACGGCUAAUGACAACAAAGACAGGCACUACCAUGGUUCUGCACCAAAGCUUACAGCCAGACAAGCAAAAUCUGUGUAUGUUAUAUGCAAACUUCUCAAUAAACAGUGUACAUAGUUAGCCGAUUAGCUCACUGAGGAUAACCUAGCUGAGGGUUCCAUCUGAAUAAUCUGCUUCUCACUGUCCCAUUCCUUCCCAAGAGUGGUCACUUUUGUAACAUAGGUAUGAAGCACAUCCAAGUGCUGAGUCAAAGUGGGCGAGGGCAUGUUAAAGUAUUGAAACCGCGCAAUAAUAUCUUAAUCAGCUAGCCAUAAAAAUGUACUUAGCAUUGUUUCUGUUAAAUUAAUAUAUUAAAUUUACACAGUUACCUCAAAUGUAGUUGAUCAGCCAAGUGGUUUCUGAAGUUUGCACCAGAGCUAGUAGGCUAAUGUCCAUUAUUAUAGACAGCAGUGUGUCAUUCAGUGUCAGAAACCACAUAAGCAAGUCUGUUUCAGUUCACUUAAGAACUCCACAGUGUUUUGUGAUGAUUUAUGCUUUUUACACAGUGCUAUCCGUCAGUCAGCUUCCGUAAAUUAUUAGCCACGUUAGCCUCAUAGUUCCAUUGCAAAACUAAAGUGAACUCCAGAUACCAAACAUCAGAUUGUGGCUCGUCAGAUUUCAACAAACUGACCUGAACUGAGAAUUCAGAGUGAUACAGUGAUGGUUAUUUUAUGACAUUAUUAAGAAAUUAGUCCCAAUUUUUUGAUCCAUGUACCAUCUCUCUCUCUCUCUCUCUCUCUCUCUCUCUCUCUCUCUCUCUCUCUCUCUCUCUCUCUCUCUCUCUGCCUCCGCAGUCUCAGUGACACUGUUUGAUGUGGGUGUAAUCACAUUACUCAGGCUGUUUGGUCACACUAGCCCACUGUAACGCUCAUUACAGGACGGGAUUCUAAUUGAAAACGCAACCCACAUGCUGAGUGUGUGCGAGUUUUUCCACUCGUGUGUCUUUUUAGUGCCAUGUGUCAAACGUUCCACAUGACUUUCUGUGCUCAAUCUGUUCUCAUUUAUUUCCCCUGUUGGGUUAUUAAUUGGUUCUUAUAGAGAACAGAUUAAGCCCACUGUCUGUCAAAUAUCACGUUAUUGCUUCAAGUUUAACAUGUAUGUUGAAAAGCCAGACAACAAUGAAAGUGAGAUAGCGUGAUAGCGUUGGGUUUGUUUAUCCCUCUUCCCUACUAAAAGUCAUUCAGUGGAACAGAUCUGUGUUAAAAUCAAGACCGAAUAAACAAGGAGUUGUAGCUUAAUAUGUAAUGAUCAAUAAAGACUUUGAAACGA